UAUUUAUAAUAUCACAAAUGAAUAUUAUUAAACAAGAAAUAUUUUGUCAAGUAACAAAUUAGGGUACCCUUUCUUGUAUUAACAAUGAAAAAGACGACAAUAUUAUGUUUAACUUUAAUGUGUAUAUUAUAAUCGAAAUUAUUUUUUUUGUUUUAAUUUUCUAAGUAUUUUUGAUAAUAUUUUAAAAUGCCUUCGUCUAAUUCAACUUUUAAUGAUCGAAGCCUUGAGUUUCAAACUUUUAAAUAUGUUCUGAUCGAGUUCCCUGAGGAUAAUUUUGCACUAGCCAUAGUGUCUUCUUGUUGGAUUUUUUUUUGCAAGGAAACCUCCAUUUAUAAGUGUUAUUGGCCGGGUAAUGUAAAUGCAAAUCAAUUUGCAAAAAAAAAGUAUUGAUCACUUACCUAGUUGGAAGAUCUGGAAUUGCAACAUAGAACGGUUUUUUAAAAUGUUAUAUGUUAUAAAUGUUUUUCUGUAUUUUUUAAAAAAAAAAAUAUUUAAUGAAAGUAAUACAGUAUUGAGCAAUUACAACUCAGAUGAGUGUCACAUAAAACCUAACAAAAGUUUAAUAGUUCCUAAUAAAUAUUUAUUAAGUUCUGAUGAUGAACCGGUUUUUAAAAAGAUAAAAAAUAAAAUUGCUUUUUCAAUGCCAGAUAUGCCAACAUAUGAAUCUAUUGAUAAUAAAGAAAAUUUGCAUCUGAAUUUAGAUUCCAUUGGAAUAGCAUUGAUAGCAUUGAAAGACUGUUCCAAUAAUCAAGAUAAUUCAAUUAUAGAAAAUAACUUUACUUUAAGUGGGAUCUAGUAAGUUAAACUCAAAAACUACCUACAUUGUGUUAGGAAAUGAAAGGUAAUGAAAUAGCUUAAAUAUUCAGUGUAACUGGAAAAGGACUAAACUAUCUUUUAAUAAUUACAAAAUGUUUAAAUUAAUUCAAGGUAACCAACAUUUUAUUUUAAAAUUUAACUAUGAAAACUUGUAAAAAUUUCCUAAUUAAUCCUAAAAUACUUAUUCCUUAGAUUUGAAAAACCUGUGUAUUAUAUUUAUAUUGUACUAUUAUAUUCAAUUAUCCUUAAUAAUUUUUAUUCCAGCAAAUAUAACUAACGUUACUAUACAUAAAGUGGGUUUUUAGCAUGAGAGACUAUACAUACACUAGUACAAGCUAAACCCACUAGUGCCAUAGUAUUUCAUUACUAUGCAUUUUUACUCCAUAAGUACCAAUCAUAAAUUUGUUAUCAUCUCAUCAAUUUUUCUUUUGUUAUAAAAGGGUAAAAAAAAAAGGCUAUUAUAAAAUUCUUGAAGAAAAACAUAUUCGUGUUGGAAAUCAGGCAGCAAUAGAAACAAAUAAUAAAAUAAAUGUAUAUUUUUUUUAUUGCAUUUUAAAAAACAAGUAAUAGUUAACAUGCUUUUAAUGUAGUUCAAAUUCAUAAAAUUUAAUGUUAAUAAAAAAAGUUAUCCAAAAUAUUUUCUGGAUCAAAAGUUAUUGAGGAUGUAAGUUUCUAGUGAGACACCAAUUUCCCACUCUGAAUAAGUACAUAAAAAUAAAUCUCAUCUAGGAUAUCAUAAUUGCCAUAAAUUGGAAAAACCCUGAAAUUUAUUAAAAUAUUUGAGGAGUUAAAUUAAUUUAUUCCAAGCCCUAAAUUUUAUUGUAUAACAAUACUUAUAAUUUUUUUUAAAUUUAGUGAACCUAUGUUUAAAACUUCCUGUUACAAAUUUUAUAUCAUACUACUGUUCUCUCGCCAAUUACUUUAAUAACUAAUAGAUGGAUCAAAAAUGUUGAUCAUAGAAAUUUUAAUGAGAACCCUUUUAAAAUUAUUAUAUACAUUAAAAUAAAUAUUUUGUGAAAAUUAGAGUUUAAAAAAAAAUGCCUACUGGUAGCUCAACAUGUUUUUAGUAAAUUGAGUCCUACUGUAAUAUACUAAAUAAUCACACAAAUUAUAUUAUCCACACUAUCAUAUUUUGAAAUUAAAAAACUUUUGUUCUAUGAUAAAAAUUAACGUUCAAUUCCUAUUAGUUUCAAAAUUCUAUUUGUUAAACAAAUAAUAAAAACAAUGAAAGAGAUUGAUGAAAUCACCCCCCCCCCCACCAUAUAAAUAAUGUAUACUGUCACCAAUGUCUAUCAAUGUAAUCAAGUAUAAUUUUUUUUUUAAUGUUCGGUAGUUUACAUAGUUUUAUAUAAUUGUAAGCUAAAUUUCUAGGACCUCACAUAUUUUUUUUUCAUAACCUAUAGCCUUAGUGUUACUGUGUUUAUUAUAAAUAUUAUGUGUACUAUGGUCAAUGGUGAGGAGGGUUAUAGUCUUAUCAGCUACCUGUGUUAUAUUCUUAUUACUAAUAAUAAUAACUAUAAUUUAAUUAAUUAAUUUUUCGGAUGUUGUUUAUAUUUUACAAAUUAUCACUGAAACAGAGUAUAAGACAUACUUAAGUCAGAGGCUCAGACAGGCCAGCAACAGAAAAAAAGAAAAAAAAACCUUAUAAUUUGAUAUAUAAAUUAUUAUUAUUAUUAUUAGAGAAUAUUUAUAUUUCAUUAAUUUGUUAAUAUAAUUUUUUAAUAAAGAAAUUC